GACUCUCCAGGCUUUGUGCUGACUUCCAGGAAUUCCCGGGAGCUGCUUCCCAAGGGAAAUGUUGUGUGCCCAGAUCCUCGUCCUGGCGGUGGCCACGGGGCUGUUCCGAGCUGGAGCUGUUCAUGAAGCCUGCAGGACAGCAGAGGUGGCCAAGGUCCUGUUCCUCGUGGGGCAGUCGGAGGGUGCAGGGAAGGGGAGCUCCCAGCUGCUCCAGGAUUUCAUCGGGAGCGUGGCCAGAUCCUUCGAGAAUGCGGAUUUGGGAAGAGGAGGCGUCCAGCUGGGCCUGGCUCUGUAUGGGGAGACACCAAGGAUGAGUGUGGAGCUCACGGAUUACGCGACCAUCAAAGAAACGCUGGAUGCAGUUCAGGAUCUCUCCUUCCAAGGCAGCAGCCUCCAAACAGGAUCAGCCCUGGCUUUUGCAGCUCGGGCCUUGGCCCACCAGGACACCCUGGGAGAGGAGGCAGCAAAGGUGGUGGUUCUGAUCACGGAUGGGAAAUCCAGCGAUUCCGUGGAAGAGGGAGCCCGGAUCCUGCAGGAUGGGGGCGUGACAGUGUUUGCUGUGGGGAUUAAGGAUGCUGAUAAGAACGAGUUGGGCAGGAUUGCUUCAGAUCCCACUGCGGAGCACGUGCUUUACGUGGAAGAUUUCCAGCUGCUCCCAAGUGUGGCUCCCAAACUCUCUCGGAGGCUCUGCUUCACCGCCUCGGAGCCACCACGUCCUGUCAAGCAGAGGGUGCAAGCUGAGCAGAUCCUCGGCCCUCGGGAGCUGCGUGUCAGCGAGCACGGCCACAGCUCCCUGAGGCUCUCGUGGGUGGCAGCCACGGGCAGGGUGACAGGGUACCGUGUCCAUGUCCACCCCUCGCUGCCACCGGGGCAGCCGGAGCCAGAGCACCAGCGGCUGAUGGAGGUGGAUGGGGACACAACCACGGUGCUGGUGACACAUCUGAAGCCCAGCACCAAAUACGUGCUCACGGUGAGGGCCAGCUACGGAGGGGCCCUCGGGGAGCCAGCAGCCACCCGAGGGAAAACGACUCCUGUGCCUCCAGUCACCAAUUUCCGUGUGAUAGAAGAAGGACUUUUCAGCCUGAGGGUGGCUUGGACACCUCCCGUGGGCAAACUGGAGGGCUACAAGAUCUACAUCCCCAGGGCCAACAAGCCCGGGGUGACCCUUGAGCAGAUCCUGCGGGGUGAUGUCUCUUCCCACCUGCUGGAAAACUUGCAGGAGGACAGGGAAUACAGCAUCAGCAUCUACGCCGUGUAUCCUGAGGGCCCGAGCCAGCCCGUGGCUGCUCUGGGGAGGACACUGAAGCUCCUGCCCGUGGAGAGCCUCUUGCUGCAGAACGAGACCACGGACACGCUCCAGGCCCGGUGGAGCCCUGUGCGGGGAGCAACGGGAUACAGGCUCACCUGGACAUCAGCAGAGGGCAGCAUCCAGGACGUGACCCUCGGCAGCUCCUACAGCUACUACAUGAUCCAGGGGCUGGAGCCGGGCAUGGAGCACACGGUGACCAUCAACCCCAUCUUUGGGGACAUCGAGGGACCGGUGGUGACUGGCAAAGCCACCACAGUGGCAUCCAGCACUGUCCAGAUGCUGAAAGUGAGCGAGAUUUCCAUCAACAGCCUCCUGGUGUCCUGGGAUUCAGUCAUGGGAGCCACCGGGUACAGGGUGGCCUGGGGUCCAACACCAGAAUUCUUUGGCAAGGACCGUCCCCGUCACCUGUCCCUCGGCAGGUCGGUGACGUCCCACCAGCUCCGCAGCCUGGCCCCUGACACCGAGUACGUGAUCUCUCUGUCCGUGCUCUUCGGCUCCGGGGAGGGCCCCGGGGUCACCACCUCGGCCAGGACCGCUCCUCUGGGAUCUGUCUCCAACUUCAAGGUGACGUCCCACACCAGCACGUGCCUGUCCUUGGCCUGGAGUGCCACAGCUGCUGCCACCAAAUUCAAACUCAGCUGGAGCCCCGUGGGAGCAGGAAAAGGAAAACAGGUUGCCAGGACUCGGUACCUGGGCAGCAGAGUGUUGGCUCAUCGGAUUGACCACCUGGAGCCCAACACCCUGUACAGGGUCAGUGUCCAGGCUGUGUUCAGCAGGACCGAGGGGCCCGAGGUGGCCCUGACCCACCACACGGCUCCUCCUGGAGAUUCCAACCCCAUCCCAGCCAUCCAGGACCUGAGGGUUACCGACACUGGAGUCAACACUUUGAAGCUGGCUUGGAAAAGGCUUCCUGGGAUAAGUCACUACAAGAUAUCCUGGGAGCCAUCCAAUGGUGACUCGGAAUCCUCCCAGCUGGUCCCAGCAGAGGCAGUUUCCUUCACAAUUCCCAAACUGAAGGACAACACCACCUACACCGUCUCUGUGUCCGCAGUGGGAAAGGGGCAGGAGGGAAACCCCACGGUCCUCACGGCCAAAACCUUGGAUUUGCCCAGAGUGACGGAAUUCACCGUGCAGGAGGCCACGGAUUCCAGCAUUUUGUUGUCCUGGGAUGCUGUUCCUGGAGCAUCCCUCUAUUUACUGACGUGGGGAUUGUCCUCAGCUCCUGCUCUUUCCCAGGAAUUGUUACCAGCAGCUUCCCGAUCCUAUCGAGUGACAGGGCUGAGCUCCAAGGAAACGUAUUUGUUUUCCAUAAAACCAAUGUUUGGAGACUCGGAGGGACCAGAGACAACAUUGCUUGGACAAACAGCAGGAGCUCCCAGGGAGCCACCAACUGCUCCAGCAGCACCGUUGGAUACGAGGAAAUCUCCAUCUGGAUCUCCCAGCAGUGUGGGGACCACUCCUCUCCCAGUGCCCACCAGUACAAAACUCCCAGAGCCCCCAGUUUGGACCAGCACGGUGUCGGCACCUCUGACAACCCUGCCUGGGCCAAUUUGUGGGAAGCUCAAGGCAGACGUUGGGUUCCUGGUGGAUGAAUCCUCGAGUAUCGGCCAGAGCAACUUCAAUAAAGUGAAGGAUUUCCUCUUCCGGAUCGUCUCCUAUUUCCCCAAGAUUGGACCUGAAGGGACACAGGUUGCUGUUGCUCAGUACAGCGAGGAGCCCAGGGCAGCUUUUCACUUCAGCCAACACCGCGACCGCAACGGAGCCCUCGGAGCCAUCAAGGGGCUGAGCUACACCGGAGGCAACACCAAAACAGGCCAUGCCAUAUCCUACGUGCUAAAGGAAUUAUUCCAGCCCUCCAGAGGGAUGAGACCGGGUUUUCCUCACCUCCUGGUGCUCGUGACCGAUGGACAAUCCCAGGAUGAUGUGGUGUCCCCAGCCAGAGCAGCCCAUGCCUUGGGGCUCCGUGUCAUUGCUGUGGGGGUGUCAGGAGCUGACCCCCUGGAGCUCCACAGGAUCUUGCUGCAGCAGAACCCCCAGAACGUUUUCUACGUCAGCACCUUCGAUGACUUCCCCCAAAUCCUCCAAGAACUCAUAGAAGCCAUUUGUUCUGAUCCUCAGCUUCCAGGAACCCAAAUCCCACUGGGAAAGAGCUCCAGGGGCUCAGCUGCUCACAGGGGUUAUGACCCCCACACUACGAAGGGAGAGAAGGGGGAGCGGGGUCUCCCUGGGAAGGAUGGCAUUCCUGGGCUGCCGGGCAGGCCGGGCCGGCCGGGUCCUCCAGGUCCCCCUGGAAUCAUGGGGCUCCCUGGCAGCCAAGGUGAAAUUGGAUCUCCAGGCUAUCCAGGACCCGCGGGGCCGAAAGGAGACAGAGGAGAGCCAGGCUAUGUGCUGGGAGGAGUGGAGGUGAUUCCUGGCCGGAAUGGGCAGCCUGGCCCCCCUGGACAGAAGGGGCAACCAGGGGUUCCUGGGGUUCCAGGGCCGCCAGGUUCUCCAGGGCCACCAGGAAUCUCCAUCAAGGGUGAACCAGGGGAUUCAGGAAUCAGGGGUCCCCGUGGGAGGAGUGGCCUCAAAGGUGACAGAGGAGACACGGGAGAGCCGGGAAAACCUGGUUUGCCAGGCCCUGUGGGGCUCCAUGGGGCUCCUGGACUGCCUGGACCACAAGGAGAAAAGGGAAUGGCAGGAAUUGGCAUUCCUGGCGUGAAGGGGGAAGAAGGAGAGCAGGGAAUGAUGGGACCUCCAGGAGCACCAGGACCAAAGGGAAUUCCAGGACCUCCAGGGCAGAAGGGAGACCAAGGAAAUCCAGGAUUUCCAGGUGCUCCAGCCUUGGAGAUUUCGGGACCUCCUGGCAAGAAAGGUGUCAGGGGAGAUCCUGGACCAGCUGGACCACAAGGAGACAAAGGAAUCCCAGGAGAAAAAGGGGAGAAGGGAAGUCCAGGAUUUGGGAUUCCUGGCCAGCCUGGGCUGAAGGGAGACAUCGGUGACAGGGGAAAUGUGGGGUUGUCUGGGAAGCCAGGUCAGAAGGGGGAGAGAGGUGAGCCAGGAUUCCCUGGAAAACCAGGAGAGGCCGGGCUGAGAGGAAAAGAUGGAGAAGCUGGAAUCCCGGGAGAGCCAGGAGUGAGAGGAAUCAGGGGUCCUCCUGGAAUCCCAGGACGACCUGGAGAGCAAGGAAUAAAAGGAGAUCCAGGAGAGCCUGGAAAGGAUGGAGAUCCUGGGAAGGACGGCCUGAGAGGUGAAAGAGGCCCCCCAGGCCCAAAGGGAGAACCCGGCCCACCAGGAAGAGAAGUGGAAAUGAAGGACCUGGAGAGGCUUUUUGAAGCGUACGGGAUCAAGCUGGCGCUGCUGCGGGACCUCUCCGACGCGAUCCUGCGGGACGGGCUGGACGGGCUCCUGUGGCACCGGGCUGGCUCCAGGACCAGCAAAGCUUCCAUGGAAAACCAGGCAGCCGUGCCUGUCACCGAUCCGCUCGUGUCCGACACUUCCCACCGUGUCCCGGCCGGCACAGAGGUGACAGGAGAAGGACAGAGCCUGGAGCUGGAGGCCCCGGAGGUGCCACUGUCUGGAGGAUUCCCUGAGAGCUUGGCUGUGCCCCCACCACAUCCUGAAAAAAACCAUUCCCUGGAUCUCCUGCAGCCCUUGGAGGAGAGGCUGGGAGGACAAGCCCAGCAGGACACCAGCCAGAAAUUCAUGGAAUCAUGGAAUGGGGUGGGAGAGAUCCUAAAGCCCAUCCAGUUCCAUGGGCAGGGACACCUUCCACUAUCCCAAGGUGCUGUGUUUCCCUUCCCACAGGAAAAUGGGAAUUCCGACAACGGCUCCGCGAUGCCAAGGCUCAGAUCCAGGAGAUCUCACCCCAUCAGGAUCCCAUUCCAGAGCCAUCCCUGUGAUCCAGGAGGAAGCAGUGCCCCUUCCCUGGAGGCUCUACCACCAGCUCAUCCCCCCGGGGCUCCAGGAGCUCAGAAAUUCCCGUCGGGAUCCACGGCAUAUCCAGGCCCUCAUCAUCCAAGGAGAAUUAAGAAGGAGGGAAGUGGUCCAGCAGAUCCCUCCUCCCCCGGCCCAAAGGGAGAAAUGGGAGUUCCUGGAGGCCGUGGAGACAAAGGAGAAAAGGUAGGGAUGGGGCUUUCCUGA